CUGCUCUUUCACUAACCAAUCGCGUAUCAGAAUUUUAGUAUCACAAUCCUCUGUGAUGAACAUCUUAUUUUUUCAACUUAAAAUACUGGUCCAUUCAUAAAUAGUUGCAUCACAUGAGUAUAUAUAAAUCAUCUUGAUUUCCUGCAUUCUGUACUACUCUCUUUCCAUCGCCGCCGAAGUCUUUGCCAUUGGUGAAGGCACAAAGCUGGCGAAACGCAUCAGAAAACCCGUGAUCAUGAAUAAAGGAAGCUUAGGUCCAAAUCUCAAACUCACAGUCCCUGCAUCUGAUCAAGUUUCUUUCGCCAAGUUCCUAACUGAGAGCGGGACCUUCCAAGAUGGGGAUCUUCUGGUCAACAAGUAUGGCGUUCGAAUUAUCUCUCACAAUGAAGUUGAAGCUCCACCCCCUAUCAGGCCAAUAGACAACCAGUUAAGUCUGGAAGACCUAGACGCAAUCAAAGUGGUUGGAAAAGGAAGCGGAGGUACAGUGCAAUUGGUGCAACACAAAUGGACUAAUCAGUUUUUUGCAUUAAAGGUAAUUCAAAUGAAUAUUGACGAGUCUACGCGCAAGCAGAUAGCACAGGAGCUGAAAAUUAAUCAAUCAGCUCAGUGUCCCUAUGUUGUUGUCUGUUACCAGUCCUUCUACGAAAAUGGUGUAAUAUCAAUCGUCUUAGAGUAUAUGGAUGGAGGGUCUCUGGAAGAUUUUCUGAAGAAAGUGAAAUCAAUUCCAGAGCCACACCUUGCUGCCAUUUGCAAGCAGGUGCUGAAGGGUUUAACGUAUCUUCACCAUGAAAAACAUAUUAUUCACAGGGACUUAAAGCCUUCCAAUUUGUUGAUAAAUCACAGAGGGGAAGUAAAGAUCACUGACUUUGGCGUCAGUGCAAUCAUGGAAAGUACAUCUGGUCAGGCUAACACUUUCAUUGGAACACGCAUCUAUAUGUCUCCUGAGAGAAUCGAUGGAUUCCAGCGUGGCUACAACUACAAAUGUGACAUAUGGAGUUUGGGACUAAUAUUGCUCGAGUGUGCUACAGGGAGGUUUCCAUAUAAACCGCCUGAUCAAGGGGAAAGAUGGGAAAAUGUUUUUCAGCUUAUUGAAUCUGUCGUUGAAGCUCCUCCUCCCUCUGCUCCACCUGAUCAAUUUUCUCCAGAGUUCUGCUCAUUCAUAUCAGCAUGUUUGCAGAAAAAUCCGAAGAAUAGAUUGUCAGCUCAAGAACUUUUGAGACAUCCAUUUAUCAAUAUGUAUGAGGACCUGGAUGUGGAUCUUUCAGCUUACUUCUCCACCGCAGGAUCUCCGCUUGCUACUUUAUAAAACUUACUAGAAUCACUGCCCGUCUGCAGAUUAGAGUCACAGAAACAAGCUUCUAGGAUUGGUUUAUGAAAGUGACUUUGAGUGAUUGAAAUUCCAGAUUUUGUCGGGAGAUUCUUGUGGAUGCAAGUGCCAUGAGAUCUGCGAUGAUUGGCAAUUCACGUAGACUCUCAAUGCUGUCGUUUAGAAUUAGGGCCCACUUUGAAGAAAAAGUUGUGGAAUUAUAUGAUUGUAAUGAAAGUUAUAACUGGUACAUGCCUUGUAUACAGAUUAUAUGGGUUACUGUACAAUAUUAUAAGACAUGGAAAAUUUUGUCAGGCUGUUGCAGAGGCAUGUUUCAGUUUACAUUUGGAGGUUUUUGAAAUUGUUAUUCCAUAGAAACUAGUUUUCCAAGUUCAAUUCGAGAUUAUGUGCUCCAUCAAGUGACAGUUGGGAUGUUCUUCUGUUAAUUGUGGUUGUAUUUGAAACGAUUAAGCCUUGUUAAUGCAAUGUACAAUGCAUGUUUUGAUCA